AUGUCGGUGUCCUUGUCCAGCAUCCCCAUCGUGCUGAAGGACAAGAGCUACCAAGGUGGCAUGCUGAAGGGCAGUCCGGCUCGGGGCUUCUAUCCCGCCCCUCUCCCAGGCCCCCACCACUACAUGGACUUCUUCCCGCGGACUCACAGCCUCCUCCACCCGCUCAAGUCCCUCGGUCGUCUGGUUUCGGACACCCAGGCGUCCCUGCCGCUCAGCCUGCACGGCGGAGCCCCUCCGUUCCUUGGCCAGGGCGACCACCAAGCCUCGGUCGUGCGCGAACACAUGUUGAGCGCCUCGGGGUUCCCCUACCUGAGCCAGAUGUUGCCCGGACACCCGCACUACUCCAAACCGGAAGAGCUGGCCGCUGUGGUGACCGAGGACGCCGCCGGUCCGCUGUCUUCGGACUUCAGCAGCCCGUCCAGUGAAAGGUCCUCUUCUGCCUCCUCUUCCGUCGUCUGUUCGCCUAAGGAGGGCUUGUUUCGCGCCCGGAGCGCAGACCUGACGCCAGAAAAAACGCGCACGUCUUAUAAUUUCAGCGAGGACGACCUGUUCAUGGUUCUGUACGGUUACUCCAGCAGCCAGGAGCGGAACGUGGGUCACGCGUUGUCAGGACUGGCCCUGCCCGAAAAGUCAGUUUCUGACUCCCACAUUCUCCCACUCGACAAAGACACGCUUGAACUCCCCGAGGGGUUAGCCAUCCUCCAGUCUACGUGGGGAAACGUGUCACAUCGCGGAGUUUUCGCGGACAAAAGCAGCAUCCCUAAAGGGACGCGUUUCGGACCUUUUCAGGGGAAACUGGUCAACACCAGCGAGAUAAAAACAUACGACGACAACACUCUGAUGUGGGAGGUGUUUGAAAACGGCCGGUUGAGCCAUUUUGUGGAUGGCCGGGGAGGCUCAGGGAACUGGAUGUCUCUAGUGAAGUGUGCUCGUUUCCCAGACGAGCAGAACCUAAUCGCCGUACAGGUCCAGGGACAGAUCUUCUACGAGGCCUGCAAAGAGAUCCGGCCAGGACAGGAGCUACUAGUGUGGUAUGGCGACUGCUACAUGCAGUUCCUCGGCAUCCCCCUCACCCUGAAAGACCCCAAAGAGGACAACAACGUGGUUCCUCCCGCCGAGGAUGCUGGAGAGGGUUUCAAGUGUGACAGAUGCGGGAAGGUGUUUGCAUACAAGUACUACAGAGACAAGCAUCUGAAGUACACGCGCUGCGUGGACCAGGGCGACAGAAAGUUCCCCUGUCACCUCUGCAACAGAUCCUUCGAGAAGAGAGACAGACUAAGGAUUCACAUCUUACACGUCCACGAAAAACACAGGCCUCACAAGUGUUCAGUGUGUGGGAAGAGUUUCUCCCAGUCGUCCAGCCUCAACAAACACAUGCGUGUGCACUCUGGAGAGCGGCCAUACAAGUGUGUGUACUGCAAUAAGGCCUUCACUGCCUCCAGCAUCCUGAGGACACACAUCCGCCAGCACUCGGGAGAGCGGCCCUUCAAGUGCAAGCACUGCGGGAAGGCCUUCGCCUCCCACGCCGCCCACGACAGCCACGUCCGGCGGACCCACGCCAGGGACAAGCCCUAUCCCUGCGAGCUGUGCGGAGCUUCUUUUCAACAGGAGCAGGAACUUCAAUACCACAUGAAAAGUCACAAAAAAAUCUUGAACAGCACAAUUUUUCCGUCCUCUCCGGGGAGCGGAUUACAGAAGGACUCCGUGUUUCCGGGCAAGGACAAUCCAAAAAUACCGAAAAACGCCGGACAAAACCUCCCUUACACCGGGUUAACAGUUCUGAAUCCAGAAUAUCGGCCCUGGAACUAGUCUACAUGAGUCAGGCCUGCUCAGUAAACCCUAAAAGACAGAGCCAGUCUGUAAUAUUUUAGAGGAUACAAGAUGCAAAUAUCACAAGAAGACUUUCGGGUACACCGACAGAUCAGACCCUGUGAGGUAGGAUCUCGUGGUUUUUCUUCAUGUAAAUGCUGCUUGAAAUAUAAUAUGUUGUUCAAUAUAAUAGGCCUCAGGCUCGUUAUUAUUUAAACUGUUGGCAAAAAAUAUGUCUAAAACUAUUUAUAAUGUGUUAAAAUAUGUUGUCUGUUGCUUUGUGGCUUAAAGCUCUCACUCU